UUACAGAAAAUAAUGUCGCGACGUUUCGUACCUCCUUGUGAACCUUAUAGACCGCCGCCUCAAAUACAAGAAUUAUUAGAUCGCCAAGCAGAAAAAAGAAAACUUAAACGCACAGCUCAGCUACCAAAACGUAAUUGGAUACAACGCAAUCCCAGAUUAUUUCAAAUUGGUUUUAUAACCACUUCCAUGCUAAUAUUAUUUUCCAAGCCACUAUAUGACAUUUUCAUAGCUGAACCUAUACAAGAGCCAAAGUUUAAGAAAGACGGAAAUGGAGUCCGUGCGCAAAGCCAACCAACGUCUGCGUAAUUAUCCUAUACUAUUGAGUAAAUGU